AUGCAACGUUUAUUCAUUCAGUUAGAUGAUUUACCUGAUGUAAUUCUUAUCUAUAUAUUUAAAAAAUUGUACAAUGUUGAAGUACUUUAUUCUUUAAUGGGUGUUAAUCAACGAUUCAAUAGAAUUGUACAUGAUACAAUUUUUACUCGUGUUUUGUAUUUACUAAAAUAUUGUCCAGACGACGAUUCUACUUUUCCAUUACCAGAUCCAAUACUUGAUCGAUUUUGUUCAAAAAUUUUACCUGAAAUUGGACACCAAAUUGAAACUCUUUUUCUUGAACGAACAUCGGUAGAACGUGUUCUUUAUGCUACAAAUUAUCCUAAUUUAAAUAACCUUGGUUUAUGUGAUAUUGACAUCAAAUUAGCUAUGUCUCUGUUUGUUGAUGAAAAUCCUUUAAUUCAUAUAUUCAAGAAUCAAGUUUCAUCACUCAAGAUCAAUUUUAAUAAUAAAAACAAUUCGUGUCCAAUGGUAGGUAUCUCUUCGGUGAUAUUUCAAAAAAUUUUGACCAUAUAUACUAAUUUACGAUGCUUAAAAUACAAUCCAUCGUCAUCUUUUGGUGACGCUUUAUAUUUAUAUCCGGGGAAUGGAAUUGCUAUCUGUCCAACUUUAUUAGAAUUACAUGUCAGUGUAACAGAAAUGAAACAAUGUCUUCAUAUACUUGAUGGACGUUUUGAUCAACUUCGUAUACUUUAUGUUACUUUUGAUAGUGUUUCGCCUGAGCUUUUCAACAUUGAAGAUAAUGUAGGUUAUUUUUAUUAA